AUGAAUAGCACACCAACACCAGCUCCCGCGUCUUCGAAGCAGCAUGAAGAGCGUCGGGGGUCGAAGACUGCCAAUCAUGAUCCUACCGCAAUGCGUUCUGCGACUGGAUAUGUGGCGAUCGAAUACUAUGGGCUCAUCGGGAACAUGAGGACAUGUGCCCUCGUCGCAACGGACGGUGGAAUUGACUACAUGUGCUGGCCUGAAUUCGACUCUCCAACCGUCUUCUGCCGCCUCUUGGACAAAGACAAAGGCGGAUAUUUCGCGAUCACCCCGCGGAAAGGCCUCAACCUCACCACCAAGCAGCAGUAUCUCCCUAGUAGCAAUGUCCUGCAAACCAGAUACAUUCACGAAGACGGCGUCCUCAACUUGACUGACUUUUUUCCUCGACCGAACGGCAAAUCCCUCUCGCCCCAAGUCGAUCCUGGAACGACACCAGGCAAGGCGACGAUAGACAGCAGGAAGCUUCUGAAGAAAUGGCUGGUCCGACGUGUUGAGUGCACCAGGGGAGAAAUUGACGUAGAUGUGGAGGUUUUUCCAGCCUUCAACUACGCCCAAGACGAGCACACAACAGAGAUCCUCGGUCACAAGCACAGUCUGCAGGUUGGAGAGACACGUCAAAAAAUCAUCUUCAAAUCCAAGAGUCUCACACUGGAGUUGAGCGCAACGAUAGAUUGUGGCGACUCCACGGAUUGUCCAUUGCUCUCUUUCCAUAAGAAGAAUGCAUACUCAGGACUAGGAAUGGGUGUCACGGCCCAAUUUCACCUCCGAGAGGGACAAGCUGUCUCUUUCAUUCUUCGUGACUACCUCCCGGACGAUACAAACGAGCCUGAGCAUAUGACAACGGCCCUCAUCGACCAGAUUCAGCAGGAUACUCAGUCCUUCUGGUUCAACUGGAUCUCCAAAAGCCGAUACAAAGGCCGCUGGCGUGAGAUAGUUGCUAGAAGCCUGAUGAUCUUGAAGCUACUCACGUAUGAGCCGACCGGAGCGAUCAUUGCAGCACCUACCUUCUCGCUGCCUGAAGAUAUCGGAGGCGUGCGGAAUUGGGACUAUCGGUUCAGCUGGGUUCGCGACGCCUCCUUUACCAUCUACAUCUUUCUCCGGAUGGGCUUUUCGGAGGAAGCCGAAGCAUAUAUGCGCUUUAUCAGCGACCGAUUCAAAUAUUCCAGGCAGCCGGAUGGCGCGUUGCCUAUCAUGUUCAGCAUCCGGGGCGAGACAGACCUCCCGGAGAUCGAGCUGGACCAUUUGGAUGGCUACCAAGGCAGCAAACCUGUCCGAAUCGGCAAUGGCGCGGCCUUGCACAAGCAGCUCGACAUCUACGGUGAACUGAUGGAUGCCGUCUACCUAUACAACAAGUACGGCAAGCCCGUUUCGUAUGACACGUGGCUAGCGGUCCGCGAAAUCACCGACUUCGUCUGCGGCAUCUGGCAGGAGGAUGACAUGUCGAUCUGGGAAGUGCGCGGCAAGACGCAGAACUUCGUGUAUUCCAAAAUCAUGCUGUGGGUCGCUGUGGACCGAGCCUUACGUUUGUCCGAGAAGCGUAUCUUCCCAUGUCCGAACCGACACAAGUGGCAGGCUGUGCGAGAUCAGAUCUACGAGGAUGUCAUGGACAGGGGAUACAACAAGGAGAUGAAGUGCUUCAUCCAGAGCUACGAGCAGAACGAGAUCUUGGACUCUGCGGUUCUGAUUGCUCCGCUGGUGUUCUUCAUCGCGCCAAACGAUCCGCGUUUCACGAACACCUUGGAGCAGAUCUUGAAGCCGCCGGAGAAAGGCGGCCUGACGAGCACUGGCCUUGUGUACCGCUACAACUGGCUGAAGAGUGAUGACGGUGUGGGCGGCCGAGAAGGCGCUUUCAGCAUGUGCACCUUCUGGCUUGUCGAGGCGCUCACUCGGGCCGGCGCAUACGACAAGAAGUACCUGAUCAAAGCGACCAACCUGUUCGAGAACAUGCUUUCCUACGGGAACCAUCUGCACAUGUUCUCAGAAGAAAUUGCUCGGUCCGGCGAACAGCUCGGCAACACUCCCCAAGCUUUCUCGCAUCUGGCGCUCAUCAGUGCUGCCUUUAACCUAGGUGAGUGCUUUCCUAACGAGAGUGUGUGGAAUCAGUGGGCUGACUCUAUGCAAGACCGAGUCACCAGCGGCUCGGGAGGUCUGUGA